AUGAUUUACGAGAUCCCCGUUGCUAAAGGCACAGAAGUCCUUGUCGGUAUGUGGGCUUGCAACGUCAACAAGUCUCUUUGGGGCGAGGACUCCCUCGAAUGGAAGCCCGAACGGUGGCUGUCCGACCUGCCGGAUGCGUUGAAGCAGGCAUCUGUCCCCGGUGUAUACUCUAAUAUAAUGACGUUCCUUGGCGGGAGGCGCGCCUGCAUCGGAUUCAAGUUCUCGGAGAUGGAGAUGAAGAUCGUCUUGUCUGUGUUGCUCUCCACCUUCACCUUCCAGCCGACUACAGCGUCCAUAGUGUGGAACAUGGGGCCGGUGAAUUACCCGACUGUAGGGAAGGACAACAACACGCCUCGUCUUCCUCUGAAGGUCGGGGUGUAUCAAGCUCCCUGA